CUUUUCUCUACCAGUAUACAAAGCCUCCAGCACAUGUCAAAUCUCAACCAGACAGUUUCGAAAAGACCACACCAGUACACAGCAUGGAAUCAUUCACGGCAGGCGACAUCACCCACCAUAAUGGCGAGAUCACACACUACUACGAAGGCGGCUCAGCAGACGGCACACCCCUAAUCUUCAUCCACGGCUGGCCCGACAUAGCAGAAUCAUGGAAACAUCAGCUCACCCACUUCGCUGCCGGGUCGAAAUAUCGUGUCAUCGCACCCGACAUGCGCGGCUAUGGCGACUCAACAGCCCCAAACAAGAAAGAGUCCUACGCUCUCGAAGUCCUUGUCCCGGAGCUCGUCGAGUUUGUCGAAAAGCUAGGCAUUAAGAAGGCCAUAUGGGUCGCCCACGACUGGGGUUGCGGUGUCACGAAUGCGCUUGCCGCACACUACCCUGAACUCUUCAUCGCCGUGGCAAACCUCUGCGUCCCCUACCGAUCCAUAGAACUAGGCCUCGAACACCUCAAGAGUACCAUCAACCGCGACAUCUACCCCGAAAGCGAGACAGAAUGGGGGAAUUGGGAAUACCAGCGGUACUACGAAGUAAAACCUGAGGAGAGCGUCAAAGCGUUCGACGGCCACUUGGACGUCAUUACCAAGAUCUUGUAUAUGAAGGGCGAUGGUAGCAAGUGGGGUCAGCCAUCACCUACAAGCCGUGUUCUGAGAGACGGGGGCUGGUUCGGUGGACAUCCGGAGAAUCUCCCUGAUAUCCCGCUUAGCUACACGUCGUUGGACGAGCAUCUCUACGCCAGUCUACUCAAGAGUAAGAGGAAGCAUGGAUUCUUUGGUGCGAACGCGUAUUACAUGAACCACGCGGCGAAUGUGGAGUAUGCGAAGAGCGAGAAGAACGGGGGCGUGUUGGAGUUUCCGAUGCUGUUUAUUGACGCGAAGUACGAUGCCGUUUGCUCGCCUAGUGUGCAACCGAAGGUGUUGGAGGGGAUGAACCAGUGUGUGAAGAAGUUGACGUACGAGACUAUCGAGUCGUCGCAUUGGGUGCACUUGGAGAAGCCGGAGGAGGUUAAUGGGGCGUUGGAGAAAUGGUUGGGUACUUUGUGAGAUAUCCGUCGAUAGCCGGAGCUGGUACGCAAUUGAAGCGGUUUGCGUUCAGCAUAUGUGAAGUUUGUCUCUCAAUUUAUCAAAAUUCAUUCAUUGAUGAA